UCUUUAACGAGAAUAAUUUAAUUAGUCUUAUAUUAAAACGACGAAGAAGAAAUGUUGAACGCGAGAAUUUUGAUUAUAUUCGGAUUGGUGAGUUUUUACGGAGUUUUUGCCAGAAAUGCAGACGGCAAUCGUGAGUUUCAAUUCCUUAAAGAGACGAGUAACAAGAAACAUGGUGGAUCUAUGUUGAUGGAAAUAGCGAAGGAGCUCGUGCAAAGAUCUUCGACAAGCAGCCAGGUGUUGAAUCUAAAUUUAUCGAAUUUGUUAUUGCUUUUGGUAUUGAAAGCGGUAGUUUUCGGUGCAGGAUAUUUAGGAAAUCAUGGUUACAAAGGGCGUGAAUUGGAAGAAGAAAACGUAGUGUCCGAAAGUGAGGUUACGCUUGCACUGGGAUAUUUGAUGGGAGACACUUGCCUGUAUAGAGCAGCUUGUGAAGAACCUCACGUUGCGAAGGAAUAUUUAAGAGCUGCAGAAAUAAUCAUCGAAACAAUGAAAUUGUUGCCGCACGGUUUGUCAAUUGAAGGAACGCACGAGAAAACAUUGGCAGAAAUUCGAAAAGCCAUCGAACAUGGUGUUACAGAUGGCUGUCCGCCUGAAUAUACUUGUAAAAAGGAGAAUAUUAAGAAUUUCUUGAAAGAAAAUAGAAAGUGAAAGUAUAGGGAUAUAUAAAUAAUUUUUAAUAUUUCGAAAGAACCUGUAAUAUUACUUGAAUAG